ACCAACUUGAUUUGAAAGAAAAAUAUGAUUCAGGUAAGGUAUCUAAGAUCUUGCAUAAUAUAAAAUUUCAGGCAACUCUUUUAAGUCUUCCUCUUUUAUCAAUCUGUCAUGUUAUUCGUUAUUAAAAGUAAAGCUGUGGAGUCUAAUUUAAUGAAUCUAUUUACCGAUUCCUUGUAAAGCUCCAUUUCAACCGUGGUAGCAGCAGCAGUUCAAGCAGUAUCUGCAGCUCCACUUACAGGUUUCUUUGGCAUAAAAUCCUUUCCUUCAACAAUGUUUAGAAGACCAUCCAUGCCCCGCAAUAAAGCUGACAUUCGGUACUUCCAUUGAACCCAAUUGUGCCAAUCGAGUUUUACAAUUUGAACGUUUGAUAAAUCCAUUAUUUAGUAUUUAAGUUAUUCUUCUUCUUGGAUUAGAGCUGGGCGCAUAACCUUUUAAGGGCAUAACUGGGUAGAAGAGGAAAUCAAAGAUAGCAUUUACUUUAUAAUACACAUACACUUACAACAUAAUAUUUGAAGAGACAUUUUGUUAAGAAUAACAACUUACAUAGCAACCAUAUAGAAUAGACGUCAAAAUUUAAAUAGGUUCGAACAUUGGAAUACUUAGACACAUCUAUACUAAUAUUAUAAAGAGGAAAACCUUGUUUGUAUGUUUGUUUGUUUGAUUGUAAUGAAUAGGCUCAAAAACUACUGGACCGAUUUUAAAAAUUCUUUCACUAUUCGAAAGCUAUAUUAUCCACAAGUAACAUAGGCUACAUUUUAUUUUGAAAAAAAAUAGGGUUCCGCAAGAUAUUUGGGUUUUUCGGACACAAGGUGUAAAAAAUCAACCAGAAAAGUAGGGUAGGGGUAGGAUAGGGGUACUUGAAAGUUUACAUCGAGUUUCACGCGGACGAAGUCGCGGGCGUCGGCUAGUUAAAAAUAAAAAGGUUGUAAUGAAACCUCCUUUAACAUAAACGACCAAUCCUUCAAGGUCAUCGACCAUUGUAUCAGUCCUAAUUUAAAUCUACCAAUCAAAAAACAACACGCAUUUUUAUUGAUCACUUCCUAUUCCUAUUUUACUACAAUUUCCAAAGUAUUUUAUUUGUUUAUAUAAAUAAAAAUUUUAAUAAAAAAAAUUCAACCGACUUCCAACUCAAAAAUAACCUAAACCAAAAAGCAAAAAAUAACAUCUUACCUAUGUGCUACCUUCUGAUCAGUUUGAAGGCGGUGCCAAGUCAUGGUGAUGUUUCAAUUCAAGCCGUUUAAAUUACGUAAUUUCUGUGGUUCUUUCAGAAACGGCUUUAAUUAAAACACUGGAUUGGCAUCGUCUUCAAACUGAUUAGAAGGUAGCACAUAGGUAAGAUGUUUUUUUUUGCUUUUUAGUUUAGGUUAUUUUUGAGUUGGAAUUGAACCUUUUAAAACAAAAAAAGAAUUUUUAAAAUCGGUCUAUAAAUGACGGAAUUAUCGCUGGACAUACAUAAAAAAAUAUAAACAAUCACAUAUAUACAUAUAUAAUAAAACAACACGCAUUUUUAUUGAUCACUUCCUAUUCCUAUUUUACUACAAUUUACAAAGUAAUUUAUUUGUUUAGGUAUAUAAAAAAAUAUAUUUACAAUCACAAAACUAAAUGGAAACACAAAGUUGGCAAAUGUAAAAUGCUGGAGGCGGGUAGCCCUAUUACAUGUUUACGACCGCGCGGCUGUAGGUAUUUAUUUCACUAAGCCUUGGGUAAAUCAUAAAAUACUCUAAUUCUAAGAGGAUUUUAUAGACACGUUAGAUCGUGAUCUUAAACUUCUGACAUAGGAGUAACGUCUAACAAGCCUAGAUAAUUGGUCUGAGCAUAAACAGAUAUGUCUGUGGUGACGUAAGUAUUUUUUGACGUCUGUCUAUAUCGUUUACGUAACACGUAGUGCUACUGCUAGUGAUUAUUACUCUUUGGUUUCUUCUAAUUACAAAUAAAAAGCAGAGGGAUACAGUAUUUAUUGUAUAAAAUUAAUAUAAAUCAAGGAAAUUGGUUAAUACACAUUUCUAAAUGUUUAUAAAUAUCAAUAAUAAGUACAAACUUUAAAAUAAAUUGUCGAAGUGACCUUACAGAAAAAUUAAAAUCCGUAAAACACAAACUAUACCAAGAAUCAAGAUGCAGUGCUGCGUGCCUUUCUGCGUAAAUACUUCAGACAAUGCGUCAACAUCUGCGGGAACAGGAAUUACCUUUCAUGAGUUAUCCAGGUUACCCAGAGAAGAAAGUCUCCAUGCUGCUUGGCUCAGAACUCUCGGCACACAAGACCAUCACCUGCCUGACCCUGCUGUAGUCUGCUCACAGCAUUUUUUAGAUGAAGACUUUUCUGAAACAAAGAGUUGUGUAAGGCAGAUUCGCUCUAAUGCUAUACCUACAACAGUGCAGAUGUGCAUGAUAUGCCUGGACACUGACAGUAAGCUCUCUCUAAUGAGUGAACACAAGUUGGAGGAGACAUAUGAACAGCUAACUGGACUGUCUUUGUUUCAGUUGUGUCGUGGAGGAAACCUGAAGCAAACACUCUGUGUGCUGUGUGCUCAGAGAUUGAUUAACUUCAGUAGAUUUAGAGACUUGUGCUUGAGAGCCCAUUCACUGAUGACAGACUUACUUGCACAAGAUGAAUCAAUUACUAUUCAACAUAAGGAACUGAUGAACUGCGCAACAAAACAUCUGCAGUGUAACUUAACACAGACGACGUUAGGAGCAGACUACUGUGACUUGUACAUAGAUCACACUGAUGAAGAGGAACAGACAGCAGCAGAGGAAUCUGUAGUGAAAGAUGUUGCAUCAGUUGUGGUGAAGAAUGAAUACAGUUCUGACUCCAUGUCAAAUGCUGAUAACUCUACAUUGGUACACAAAGAUGACAAUGACAGAAACCGUUCCAACAAUGACUGUGUCUUGAACGAUGAAUACUCUGACAUGAGCAUCGAGCUGGAAUCUAGACUACUGGACGAAGCUAUAGGUGAAGCUCUUCAUAACAAAACAACAGCUUGCUGGGCUGCAGUCACAGAACAUACUGAAACAGAGAGUUUCAUAAAGAGUGAAAGUGUUGUCUUUGAAUGUUCAUUUUGUGAUAAGGAGUUUCUGCAAGAAAUUACAUACUUGGAACAUUUAAGCAAACAUUCAUCAUUCAUUCAGGUAGCUGGCGGCGAAGCUGCAUGUGAUGCAUCACAAGUGUGCGAGCCUCGUGCAGCUGUGAGCCGCAGCGGUGACUCACUCGUGCUGCAGAACAAGACAGGAAGUCGGAGGCUGAAUGAUGUCCCUCCCCCGGCUGCAGACUGCGCUCAGGCUUUAGUCGCUCCACUGUCCGCGAGACUUGCGGCAAACAACGACUACAAAGUGCAGGCAACUGAAGAAGCAGCUGCGACCCGGAAAACUGAACAAAUCCUUGAGACUGGCGUUGGCAAACUGAACAAGCAAUCAUCUCAGAAUGGCACUGAAAUAUAUACAGAUAUAAAUAGAUUCACAAACUGUGUAGUACAGUUAUAUGAUAUUUUCAAGAAACCCAAAAAACCUGUACUAGAUGAGAAUCCACGCCUGAAAACCCACACUGAUGCAAAGCCUUAUUCUUGUGAGAUGUGCAAUUAUAAAUGCACACACAAAAGUAGUUUAAGGCAGCAUAUGAAAACUCACACUGGCGAAAAACCUUUUUGUUGUAAGGUAUGUAAUUAUAAAUCUGCACUGAAACAUCAUAUAUUAAAUCACAUGAAAACUCACAAUGGCGAAAAGCCUUUUUGUUGUGAGAUAUGUAAUUAUAGAUGUGCACAGAAAGAUAAUUUAAAAAAACAUAAAAGAAUCCACACUGGCGAAAAGCGUUUUUCUUGUGACAUUUGCAAUUAUAAAUGUAUACAGAAACAUCAUUUAUUAUAUCACAUGAAAACGCACACUGAUGCAAAGCCUUAUUCUUGUGAGAUGUGCAAUUAUAAAUGUGCACGUAAACAUCAUUUAUUAUAUCACAUGAAAACGCACACUGGCGAAAAGCCUUUUUCUGGUAAGAUUUGCAAUUAUAAAUGUACAGUAAAAAGUAAUUUAUUGCAACACAUGAGAACGCACACUGGCGAAAAGCCUUUUUGUUGUGAGAUUUGCAAUUAUAAAUGUGCACAGAAAGGUGAUUUAAAAAAACAUAAAAAAAUCCACACUGGUGAAAAGCCUUUUUCUUGUGAGAUUUGCAAUUAUAAAUGUGCACGUAAACAACAUUUAUUAGAUCACAUGAAAACGCACACUGGUGAGAAACCUUAUUCUUGUCAGAUUUGCAAUUAUAAAUGUAUACAGAAACAUCAUUUAUUAGAUCACAUGAAAACGCACACUGGUGAGAAACCAUUUUCUUGUGAGAUUUGCAAUUAUAAAAGUGCACGUAAACAUAAUUUAUUGCAACAUAUGAAAACACACACUAGUGAGAAGCCUUUUUGUUGUGAGAUAUGUAAUUACAGAAGUGCACACAAAGGUGAUAUAAAAAAACAUAAAAGAACCCACACUGGCGAAAAGCCUUUUUGUUGUGAGAUUUGCAAUUAUAAAUGUUCACACAAAGGUGCUUUAAACAGACAUAAAAGAAUCCACACUGGCGAUAAGCCCUUUUCUUGUGAGACAUGCAAUUACAAAUCUGCAGAAAGAUGUAAUUUAUUGCAACAUAAAAUGAGAAUGCACACUCAAACUAAGUCUCAGUAAUUGUAAUAAAAUAGAAAAUGAAGCGAUGGCUCGAUCUGUGCGUAUGUGUGAAUUAACAAAAAACACAAAAACUUGAAUAUUUUUCUGAUCAAAUGUAGUUAUUGUAUCCAAAAGUGACCCAAGUGUUGAUAGACUCUAAAGUGCAAACAUAAGUCACAGUUGUACGCUAUUGUCAACUGUACGAAGUGCAACUCGUACGCUGCUCCCUUCACCCCCUCGGGUAAAUGAGCGGGGCUCGUAUUGUGUGAGUCGCUCUCACUGCAGUGAUCGCGAGCGUUGCCCAGUGGCCGGAUGUAAAGAUGAGUUCACAACAAACCACGCUUAGCGGAUAUCUCAUAAGCGGCAGCGGAGCUUCUACGAGUACUUAUCAAACUGUGACGAAGGAGAUACAAAAAAAAGUCGUGCGACCUAGAAAACGAAAGGAUCGGUCAGCUGAAAACGAUUUUCAUAUGUAGUUUCACAUUCAUAUUACCAAUUUUUGUCAACAAUUUGUUGACACUCAAAAUGAACGUUAACUUAAUUUUGAGUAACACGGCAAGAUGUUACGGAACUAACAAAUAUACUACUAAACUAAACUCAAAAUAUACUGCACAACAACAAGAACUUAACAAUGUCCUAAACCGUUGAGUACUAUACGUCUUGGAAAAUAUUUAUAGGAGUAGACCUCUCAAAGUGUGUUUGUUGUUGAUGUUGUUUUUGUAUAGACAGAGAUUAGAGACAGAACGUCAUCGAUUGCAAAUAUAAGACAAUCUGUAAUUGAUGAUGUUCUGUGGUACCAGAGGGUAACAGUUGUGUACUGAAGAUUGUACGCCUUAGAGAUAUUGGAGAUAUGUGAUUCUAAUUUAUAUAUAUUAAAUGCAUAAGUGUGC